AUGAGUCAGUCAUUAGAUGAUAUAAUAAAGAGCAUAGCUUCUUCAGUUGAUGCUACAAAUGAUAGUAUCUCAAAUCUUCAUAAAAAAGUUGAAUCACCAGAAUUACCAGAAUUAGUUUCAGAUUUAUUACAAAAAACUAAUCAAAAUUUACCUGAAGGUGUUUCCUUGCUAGACUUGAAAAAUAAUGCAAUUUUAUCUUAUUUAAAUAAUUUGGUUUUAAUAAUACUGGCAAGAAUAGAAGCUUCUAAAACUAAUGAUGCUAAAGAUAUAAAUGAAUUGAAAAGCAAAGCUAUUAAAGGUUCAGUGACUCAAAGAGUUGUUUUAGAAAGAGCUAUCAAGAAUUUAGAAAAAAAAUUACAAUAUCAAUUAGAAAAAAUGGUUAGAAAUUAUAAUAAAAUGGAAAAAGAUUCAAGUGAACAAAAUAUUAGUAAAAAAUUAGAAGCUAAACAACAUGAAGAAAGUGGAAGUGAAGAAGAUAGUGAAGAAGAAGAUAGUGAGGAUGAAGAUGAACUGAACUAUAGACCAGAUGCAUCAUCAUUAGUCAAAUCCAUGCAAAAAGAUCAAAAAACUAAAGCUAAAGAAGCUAAAUCCAAAGGUGAUAAAACUGAAAAAUAUAAACCACCAAAAAUUGCUGCUGCAUUACCACCAAGUGAAUUUAAAGAAACUGGUAGGGGUGGUAAAAGUGGUUCUACAAAGAUGCAAUCUAUGGAAGAAUACUUAUUGGAAAAUGGUGAUGCACCAAUGGUUGAAAAUUCUAUUGGUUCAACAAUUUUGGAUCAUGGUAGAGGUGGUAUGAAAACAAUGAAAGAUCGUCAAAGAGAAGCAGAAAUUCAAAAAUAUGAAGAAAGUAAUUUCACAAGAUUACCAAAUAAUGUUUCUAAGAAGGAUAAAAGACAAAAAAGAAAACAAGAAGCUGAUACAUUUUUCGGUGAAGAUUGGGGGAUUUUCAAUAAUAGUAAGAAUGAUUUAGGUACUUCAAGAAGAGCUAAACCAAAAUCAGCAUGGGAUAGAGCUAAAAAGAGAAGAACUGAUUAG